AUGUUGAUGGGCACGAAAAGCAACUCAUUCAGACACGGAGCACGGAGGAAGAUGGUGAAACAGAACACUUUAAGUUACAUCUCCCCCAAACUCAGCACCGUGGGGAAUAACUUCAGCGAGUUUCGCACGGACAUUAUUCUGUCAAGCAUCCGCCUGUUGUCAUGCAGCGGCGUUUCCUGCUCCACGCCGCGGCCAGAGUGGCAGCCAAUCUCUGAUCGCAUCGCUCGCUCGUGCCGGUCUCUGCGUAUACGCGCUCGGCUGCUGCUUUCGCCCUCAUAUCUAACCACACGCAUCGCAUUAAUGCAAAUGUACAUCAUCGACCCAUCUAGAAGGAGCUCUCCAACUAACAAAGACACGGCAUCUCUCCCUGCAAAAUGGCUCGGAGAGGGAACUGGGGAUGCAUAUGCUUCAGGAGAGAGACAUAGAGGAAAUGACCGGGGUCAGUCUAAAAUCAGCAGCGGAGCAGUGAGACGCAGGCCUCAGGUCAGGUACAAGACUCACACUCAGCUGAUUAAGGAGAAGCUGGAGCAGAUCAAAGCUGAGAUGCAGAAACUUUCAGAACAGCACCUGUGCCUGCGCCCCGCGAGGAAAGCGUAUCAUCCUUUUGUGUGGAACAGCCUGAGUCCUUACAGAGACACUACAGAGAUUGACUAUCUGCUCGCCAGGUCUUCUGACCAUCGUGCCCAUGAUGGGAGGACCUUUAAUGUGGCAGGAAGGCAUCCGUCUGUUGCACUGACCCAGCCUGCCAAUCUCUGCUGGCGUGAUAAAUGAUGCACACGCAUGAUUUUCACUUUAACAAGCAUAAGGUGGCAAGUAAUGCACUUACAAGCAUCAUGAGAAGAAGACUCUUUUAGUUCAUGACCAUUUAUUAGGCAUCAGCCUACACAAACUUCUCUUUUAUUCUUUUCACUCCGUAUAACUCAACUGCACGCGUUCAGACUGCCCGUGUAGGAUUCCCUUAACAGCCGAGCGUGCAUUGUUUCUUUAAUAUCUCACAAGCUCCAACCCCGAUCUGAAAGCGCAUGUGGCAUGGAGAUCACAUCAAACUUAGCUUAAAGUCCCGCUGGCCAAUAAAAAAGAAAAAAAAAGCCUGACAGAUAUGAUUUCUUGUGUUCGUCAUGUAAGUCUCAAUCAUUUUAAAGAUUGAAGCGUGUUGGAUCGCACUAAAAAAUGGAAUUCAUGAAAUGCCCAAAGAGCUUCUAUAACAUAUGCAUAUGUGCCAUUGUGAGACCUCAUUGAAUAUAUUUUCGACAUUCGACACUGGAAAAAAAAACGAGAAAACUCUGGGCAUCCGGAUGGUUGGGAGAAAAAAAAAAAAUACAGCAUCUGACAUGAAAGGGUUGAAGAUUAUCAAAGAGAUUUAAGAGAAUAAAU